AUGAGCAAGAAGAAUCCGUAUCCUCUACCUACAGUGUCAGAACUUCUCGCUGGAGCUGGAGGAAGGUACUAUUCUAAAAUCGACUUGGCUCAAGCAUAUCAGCAAUUGAAAGUAAACGAACAAACUAGCCGAGUUUUGACUUGGAAUACUCAUCGGGGUCUGUAUCGAGUGAAGAGGCUACCUUUCGGGAUUUCCGCAGCACCAGGGAAUAGUGCUGAAGAACAUUAUAACAGGCUGGAGUUGGUCCUUAGGAAAUUAGAUGAGGCUAAAUUAACUGUGAAGAAAGAGAAAUGUAAGUUUGGGGUAGAAGAAAUUGAGUUUGUGGGCUAUAGAAUUAGUAGUAAAGGGAUAAAACCUUUGGAAAGUCACAUUAAGGCUAUACAAGACGCCCCUCCCCCAAAAGACAAGGAACAGUUGCAGGCAUUUCUGGGAUUAGUUAAUUUUUAUUGUCGAUUCAUUGAAGAUAGGGCCACAGUAGCUGAAUGUUUGCAUAGGUUGCUAGAUGAAACUACAAAUGCUGAGUGGAAGUGGGAGAAAAUUCAUGAUAAAGCAUUUAGGGAACUGAAGGAAGCUCUCACGUCCACAGACAUUUUGAUGCAUUACAGUUUGAAAGUACCUUUGGUUUUGAGUUGUGAUAGCUCUUCGUACGGGGUGGGGGCUGUUCUGGCUCAUAAAACUGAAAGAGGAGAGAAACCAAUUUCGUACUUUUCAAGGACACUCAACAAGCAUCAAAGGAAUUACGCUCAAAUUGACAAAGAGGCUCUGUCGAUAAUUGAAGCAGUGAAACAUUUCCAUAAUUACAUUUAUGGAAGGAAAGUGACCAUCAUAACAGAUCACAAGCCGUUGUUGGGAAUUUUUAAACCGAAUAAACCAGUUCCUCAAAUUAUUUCCCAAAGGAUGGAAAGAUGGUGCCUUCUGUUAGCUACUUAUGACUAUGAAAUAGUCUAUAGAAAGGGGAAGGAACAUGGCAAUGCAGACGGGUUAAGCAGACUACCUUUGAAAGAGGAAGUGAUCGAAGAGAGUGAAAUUGGAGUGAUUUCUAUGUUGGAAACGGAUCAAUCUCCAAUCCAGGCAAAAGAAGUUCAAGAAGCCACGAAAAAAGAUCCAUUGUUGAAGAAAGUCAAAAGAUGGGUGUUGCAAGGGUGGCCAGAAAACUGUCCAGGCGAGGAUGUGAAACCAUAUUUUCUCCACAGGAGUGAAAUAACAGUGGAAAAGGAUAUACUUCUGAGAGGAACACAAGUGAUAAUCCCAAAGGAACUUCAAGAAAAGUUGAUGGACUCUCUACACAGUACACAUCUGGGUAUAGUCAACAUGAAAGUCUUGGCUAGAAUGUAUAUGUGGUGGCCAAAAAUGGAUCAACAACUUGAAAGAAAAGUGAGGGAAUGUGAAACGUGCCAAACUCAGAGAAACAAUCCACCGAAAGCUCCAUUGUGUGAAGGAAAUGCACCACAGAAAGCCUGGGAAAGACUGCACGUAGACUUUGCCGGACCUCAUCAGGGCAACAACUAUUUGAUUGUCGUAGAUGUGACGUCUAAAUGGUUGGAAGUUGAACGAGUAAGGAGCCAAUCGUCAGAGGAAGUGAUAAGAGCGAUGAGAAGGAUCUUUUCGACUCAUGGAAUCCCAGGAGAAAUAUUCUCGGACAACGGAACUUGUUUCGUGUCAAGGGAAAUCAGGAAAUUUUAUGAGUCAAAUGGCAUCAAAAGUAUCACAUCUUCUCCGUGGCAUCCUGCCAGCAAUGGUCAGGCAGAAAGAAUGGUUCAAACAACCAAAAAGGCUUUGGCAAAAUUUACCGGUAACGUUGACUUGAAGUUAGCCAGAUUCCUUAUGGUUCAACACCUUACUCCAAACCAGACUACUGGGAAGGCACCCUGUGAACUUUUGAUGGGAAGGAGGAUAAGGAACUGCUGGAGUCGGCUACACCCAGAGGAGAUUAAGACAGAAAGGAAUAAAGAACACAAAGAACCGAGGAAAUUCAAGGAGUGGGACAAGGUCUACGCUAGAAAUUUUGCAGGGGACAAGUGGAUAAAAGCUGUGGUUCUGGAAGUAACAGGACCAGUGUCCUACAAGGUACAGCUCGAAGAUGGAACUGUCUGGAGGAGACACAUAAAUCAGUUGAUAGAGCGAGUGGAAGCUUCUCCAACAGCGACGGCUGACAGACCGGAAGAAGGAACAGUUGCCUCAGGCUCAGGGUCAAGAGUGAUACAAAUUGAAGAGACCAUACAGAACCCAGAAGUCACCACCCCUGAAGAGCCUGGUGAAGUCUCACAGCCAGAGACUCCUUUAAGCGAGUUGAGAAGCAAUAUUGCUACAGGCCUCACACCAGAACAUGCUAGAGCACCCUUCAUUGCUUGUCUUCUGGAACCUGGAGUUAGCCCCCAUGGCUCAUUCCAAGACAGCCAGGAUUCUGGCGGCCUCCUCGCUUCACUGGUGAAGACAGAUUGA